ACGAAAAACAACACCUUCGCGUCGUUUUUAUCGGUUCGCGAGUUCGCGUGUGAUUUAAUUGAUUUUUCCUGGUUUUUCCUCAAAGAUUUGGCUAGAAAAUGAGUACUGCCAAUUUUCUAGCCUUGCUGGAGCAGUUUACGAGCACCGUAAACAAAUGCUUCAAAGUAAACAGUAUCGAACAGCUGAAGGCGGAUUAUGAGGCUGUUAAAAGUUCCGGCGAAAGUGAGAAAAAACCGGCUCUCCAUCAGGCUUUUCGGGACUUGCUUCUGCUGAAAUCGGAUGACAUUCCAGCCAUCGAAGCGUUCAUCCAGUUUGCAGUUGCGGCCUGCCGACAGGAAAUGACGUCGCCCACCAUUCCGGUGGUUCUGCUUGGGGACAUAUUCGAUGCAGUUACGAUCGACAAAUGUGAACAAAUUUUCACCUACGUGGAAAACAACGUUGCAACCUGGAAGGAGGAGUUUUUCUUCACCGCUUGCAAACACAAUCUUCUGCGGAUGUGCAACGAUUUACUGCGAAGGCUUUCUCGAUCCCAGAACACGGUAUUCUGCGGGCGGAUUUUAUUGUUUUUGGCCAAAUUUUUCCCGUUCAGUGAACGAUCCGGCUUGAACAUCAUUUCCGAGUUCAAUUUGGAAAACAUUACCGAGUAUGGUGUGGAGGGAAGCGAAAUGGGCGAUCCGCUUGAUACUGGAAGUUCGGAGGAAAACGGAAGCAACGGAAUGGCUGGCGAAAUGAACCAGCUUAAAAUUGACUAUAAUUUGUAUUGCAAAUUUUGGGCGCUGCAGGACUUUUUCCGUAAUCCCAAUCAAUGCUACAACAAAGUGCAGUGGAAGAUGUUUUCUGCGCACGCCGGAAGCGUUUUGUCGGCUUUUAGUAGCUUCAAACUCGAAGAACCGAGAUCAUCAUCCAAGAAUAAAAAAACAUUCGGUUCAUCAUCCAGCCCCAUGGACAUCCCACCUGAAGAGCAGAUAGGCGAAUCGGGUCACUUUUUCGCCAAAUUUCUGACCAACCCGAAGCUGCUCUCAUUGCAGUUGUCCGAUUCUAACUUCCGUCGAUCAGUACUGGUGCAGAUGUUGAUCUUAUUUCAGUAUCUGAAUUCUACUGUUAAAUUCAAAGCCGAAAAUCACUGUCUAACAGUUCAGCAAGUGGACUGGCUUAAGGAAACGGAGGCCACUGUAUACAAAUUGAUCGAAGAAUCGCCUCCUAAUGGUGGAAAGUUUGCCGAAUCCGUUCGGCACAUGCUUGCUCGAGAAGAGCUCUGGAACAGCUGGAAGAACGAAGGCUGCAAAGAGUUUAAACGUCCGGAAGUAAAUGCAUCUACAUCAGCCACACCUGGUGGUACAGCCGAAGAACCGGCACCGACCACAACCGUAACCCGCACCGCUAUGAAACGACCGCGACGCGCAUUGGGAGAUUUAAUUCGAGAUUCCACCAAACAGGGCAAAUUUUUCAUGGGUAAUCCGGAACUGACACGUCUCUGGAACACUUGCCCGGAUAACUUGCAGGCUUGUAAAGGAGACGAUAGGAAUUUCCUUCCCUCGUUGGAAGCUUAUCUGGAUGGUUCCAAGGAGAAACAGGAUCCAUCGUUUGAAUGGCGAGCUUUGCGUUUGUUGGCCAGACAAUCGCCGCACUUUUUCACACUGUUCAACAGUCCCUCGUAUAAGGUGGCAGAUUAUCUGGAAAGCGUGAGAAGAAAAAUACAGAAGGACAAAGUCGACGUCAAACAGGAAGUGAUACCGGAAGACACUCCGACGCGGAUGGAACAUAACGAAGCGGAAAACGAUGCCGAAGCAUUCGUAGCCGAAGAAGAAACGGAUCAGAUGGAUUCGGAACUGUUAAAAACGGAGCAGCUUACCCCGGAAGAGAAGAAUACGCACAAGACCAUCACCGUGAGCAAGGAACAAAUUGCCGAGCUGUCUCCCAUCAUUGGCAAGGAUUGGAAACGACUCGGUACGAAGCUCGGCUACGGGAAGGACGAGAUCCAGUAUUUUGAGUCGGAGAAUGCAACGGUGGCGGACCAGUGCCGCCAUCUGCUGCAGGUUUGGUUCGAAGACGAUGUCGAUGCCAGCCUGGAUCAGCUGGCCUACAUCCUGGAGGGACUGGAAAUGCUGCCGGCAGCUGAGGCUGUCAAAAAGUUGAUUUCCACAUUCAGCGACGAUAAGGUGGAGGAAAUAUCGGAUGAUUGACGCUUUCAAUUGUCAUUCUAAAAUUCAUUCAAGGUGAGAAUAAAUCUUCUCGAUGUGUUAAAAAUGAAGGAAAAAAACGAUUCUUUG